AUGGUCCUGUUGGAACCGUCGGUCGACUCCAUCCGAAUAUUACUCAGAGUAUGUGAAGGCUACGCUCUACAGCAUGGUCUUAAAUAUAAUGCGAGUAAAAGUGAGGUACUUAUAUUUAAGGCGAAAAAAUAUAACCCAAACACCCUGCCAAAGAUCAUGCUGGGGGGCGAGCCUCUUAAAAUAGCAAAACAGUUUAAGUAUUUGGGCCACAUGCUAACUGAGGAACUGAAUGACGAUUGCGAUCUGGAGAGGGAAAGAAGGGCGUUGGCAGUGAGGGGCAAUAUGCUUGCCCGCAGGUUUGCACGUUGUAACAAUCAAGUCAAGUUGACACUUUUUAAAGCAUAUUGUCAAACUUUUUACACGUGCAGCCUGUGGGUAAGCUUUACUCAGAGGUCCUAUAACACAUUAAGGGUGCAGUACAACAACAUCCUCAGGAUGCUUCUGAGGCUGCCAAAGCACUGCAGUGCAUCAGGCAUGUUUGCCGAGGCACGGGCGGAUGACUUUUUCGCCAUAAGGCGGAAAAGAAUUGCCUCGAUGCUCAAGCGAGUGCGUGGCAGCAGCAACUGUAUGCUGAGGGUGUUGGCGGAGCGCCUGGACUGCCCGCUAACAAAGUACUGGGUUGAUGUGGUCAUUGGUAGAACCAAGUAG